AUGCCGGAGCGCGAUAUCGCGUCUUGGAAUUGUCUCAUCUCUGCGCUUUCUAGAUCCGGUCGAUUGGAAGAAUGCAAGGAACUCUUUACUUCUAUGCCGGAUCGGAGUAUAGUCUCAUGGAACAUCAUCCUCACAGCAUAUGCCCGAAAGGGGCAUAUUGACGAUGCUAAAACAGUGUUCUCUUCCAUCCCAAAUCCAAACUUGGUUUCUUACAACGCAAUCCUGGCUGCUAUCAUCAACAAUUUCGAUCUCUUGGAAGUCAGAGAAUUUUUUGAUUCGAUGCCGCAGCGAGACACAGUUUCUACAACUGCGAUUCUUGCAGCAUUUGCCCAAAAUCGGCAUCUUGAAGAUGCAAAAUCCCUGUUUUUCACUAUGCCCGACAAAGAUUUGGUCGCGUGGAACGCGAUGCUAUCCGGCUAUGCUCACGACGGCGAUUUGGAAGAACUCGACCACCUCUUUUCAAUAAUGCCUCUCUGGAACACUGUCUCGUGGACUGCUUUGCUCGUCGCCUAUGCUCAAAGAGGCUACGUCGAGAAAGCCAACACUCUGUUCCAUGAAAUGCCGAGCUGGGACCUCGUCUGCAACAACGCGAUGCUGAACAGCUAUGGCGAGAACGGGCACCUCGAGAAAGCCAUCCUUUUCUUUCAGGGUAUGAAACAGCGGGAUCUCUCGUCCUGGAACUCGAUGCUCUCGGCUUAUGCCCAGGAGGGACUGAUGAUCCAAGCCGGGAACUUGCUUGAAUCCAUGCCGGAGCAAGACCUUUUGUCCUGCAAUCUGAUGCUCUCUGCACACAACCGGGCUCGUCAGCUCGCGGAAGCAAAGAAGAUCUUCGACAAAAUGCCUUACCAGAACUUGUAUUCGUGGAACAACAUCCUGUGCGCCUAUGCGCAGCACGAGGACGUCUCUCGCACGAAGAACCUGUUUGAUGCGAUGCCCUCGAGGGAUCUCACCUCCUGGAACAUAAUGCUCUCGAUCUUCUGCGCCACCUUCCAGCUCGAGAAAACCAAGGCGCUGUUUGAUUCCAUGCCGGAGCUCAACGUCGUCUCGGAGACGUCCAUGCUCACUGCCUAUGCGAGCUUCGGCCACCUCGAAGAAGCCAAGAGCUUGUUCGAUGGGAUCCGAGACAAGGACCAGAUUGCCUGGAACGCAAUGCUAUCAGUUUUCGCUCAAAGUGGUUACCUGGAGAGUGCUAGAAACUUGUUUGACGAGAUGCCAGACAGGGACAACGUUUCGUGGAAUGCGUUGCUCUCCGCUUACGCUCAAAACGGGGACUUGGAAACCGCUAAGGAGAUCCUCUACGCGAUGCCGGAGAGAGAGCCAGCGUCUUGGAACUCGAUGCUUUGUGCGUACGUUCGCAAGGGACAUCUUGAGGACUCAAGGAAGAUCUUUGAUGCAAUGCCGGAGCAAGACGUGGUUUCGUGGACGGCGCUUGUGGCUCUGUAUUCGCACAACGAGCAAAAGUUUGCAGACGCGUUCGAGCAAUUUGGAAGAAUUGGAUUGGAAGGUGGCAGUCCUGACCUUGACUGCUUCACUUGCAUCUUAAACGGAAGCAGUCACGCCGGCGAUCCAGAGCUCGGCCGCUCGUACUUUUGUUCCAUGUCCGCUGACUUCGGUUUGCAACCAAACAAGCUGCACCACGGCUGCAUGAUCGAUCUCUUGGCUCGCUCCGGACACCUUGGAGCCGCGCAAGAACUUAUCUCUACCAUGCCGUUCCUUCCGGAUGCUCACGACUGGACUUGCUUCAUGACGGCUUGCAAGAAACACCGGGACCUGGAUGCUGCUGCGGGCGCUGCCCAACUAGCUCUCAAGAACGAAGCAAGGGACGCUGGGCCUUACGUGCUCCUCGCAAACAUCUUCCGGGGAGAUUCGAAGCCGACUGUCGAGUGA